CAAGCGAUCCUUUCCCCAAAGCUUCUGCGGGUGUAGAGGAAACUAGAGAAAGGCUAACUCCAUACCCCACCACAGCCCCUUUCUAGUUCCAGAGGGUCCUAGAAGCUAGCAGCAGCAACUCAAAGUCUCGGAAAAUGAAGUACAAAUUAUGGAAAAACUGUUGCUGUAGUUCUACCGCUGGUGGCUUUAACAGGGCCCAGCGCUGUUGCAAUCCCCGCACCCUUUCGGAGAUGUGCAGCCCAUGUUUGCACGCCUGCUUCUGUGCAACAGGGUGACGUGUUCAGCUUCCAGAUGCUACAGUUGAGUUUGUGGAGUCUGAUACUGAAACGUCACCUUGAUGUCUUGCUGUGCCACGAUGACGAGCUGGAAGGUCGGAGAAUUGCUUUCAUCCUGUACCUCGUGCCACCCUGGGAGAAGAGCGACGGGGGAACGCUGGACCUGUAUAGCGCAGAUGAACACUUUCGGCCACAGCAAAUUGUCAAGUCGUUAGUGCCUUCAUGGAACACGCUGGUUUUCUUUGAAGUCUCUCCAGUCUCUUUCCACCAGGUGUCGGAAGUUCUGUCUGAGGAGAAGUGCCGGUUGUCAGUCAGCGGCUGGUUUCAUGGCCCGGCAAUAGUCAGACCUGCACACCACACGGAAGCACCCUUGCCCAGGAGCCCACACAUCCCCUACGAUCAUGAAAUCUUGUACGAGUGGGUCAAUCCUGUUUAUUUGGACAUGGACUCCCAAGCUCAAAUCCAGGAGGAAUUUGAGGAGCGAUCGGAAAUUCUCCUGAAAGAUUUUCUUAAGAAAGAAAAAUAUCAACUGCUGUGCGAAGCUUUGGAGAACAAAGGCAUCCAGUGGAGUAGCCGGGGGCCUGCCAAUAAAAGACUCUACGAGACAGCAGAGGAAGACAGCCUCCCUGACAUCCCGAAGAAGUUCCUGCAGUUCUUGCACUCUGAGGCCUUGUUUUUAUUGCUUUCCAACUUCACUGGCCUAAAGCUGCACUUCCUGGCUCCCUCUGAUGAGGAUGAAGAUGCUGGGGAAGGAAGAGCAGCAGACGCUGCUGGGAACAGUGGUCCCAAACCUGAGCAGGAAGAGACUGAACAACACACUGCUAGCGAUCCCCAUCAGCCAGACCAGCCCGACAACAUCCCCGAAGCACAAGACGGUGAGACACAGAACGGCUCAGGUACCCCUGUGUGUGCAGGGGAGCUGAGGCACUGGACCCACGGGCACUAUACUCUCGUCCAUGAUGCUCAAGCAACAGAAUUUGCUCUUGACCUGCUCUUCUUCUGUGGCUGUGAGGACUGGGAUCCCGAAUAUGGUGGCUUUACUUCCUACAUCGCUAAAGGCGAAGAUGAAGAGCUGCUGACAGUGAAUCCAGAGGACAACUGCUUGGCCUUAGUUUACAGAGACAAAGAGACCAUGAAGUUUGUGAAAUACAUCAAUCAUCGUAGCUUGGCACGCCUGAGAAAGCAUCCCAACAGAACAGGAUUUUGGGAUUUUUCCUUUGUCUAUUAUGAGUGACAGUGCACAGUGUGACCGUGUUCACACAGAGAUAGUGGCAGCGGGGGGCAGGGGCCAGAUUUCUACCCGGGCAUUUAGCUGGGGCCUGUCUAAGCCCAGACAAACUUUGCUUCAUUGCACUGUAGCUAAGCUGCUACCAGGUGGGGCCCAGGUGACACAAACGGAAAUUGGGCUUCCGAGCCCACUGUAACACGUGCUGUCAACCACUUUUAAUGCUAUAGGGAGGGGGUCACCAUCAUGCUGCACUGUCGGCUUUCCAGCUGUUCUCUCAUGGAAAUAGCACGGUGGGGUCUAUCUCUAACCUAUCAGGGUGAAAAAUGACAACUGUGCCUUGCCUCAAGCUGACAACUGAUU